AACCGAGGGGCCGAGCUAUUUAAAAUAGCCUUCUGUACAGAACACUGGUACUAGAGCCAGCCCUGCUGUCAGCAGAGAUAGCUGGGGAAAUAAUGUCCAAGAGAAAUAGCAGGCAGAGAAAAUAGACAUGGAUAUAUUUUGUAUAUUUAUUGUUGUUAUUAUUAUUUAAUUUGCACAAAUCAGGCAGCAAGGAAAAUUGCAAGGAUAAAUAAUGAAUAGAGUAGAAAAGGCGUCGAUCUGCAAAUUCUUCAGGAAAUACAGAGUCAUCGGCCAUUGAAAAUAUUUAGUCUAAAUCAAUAUACAGGUUUAUAACGCAUUUUCCUUUUAAGUAAUACAGAUGUUGCUAAAGGAAGAGAGGUUGACGUUUCCUCCACGAGGACAGGCAUUUUAAAAUUUAAAUUAUCAAAACAGGUACACAUUUUAUUUAUACAUAAUUUUGUAAACGAAAAAACAAAACAAAACAAAACAAAAAACACACCUGAAUAUAUGAUGCCGGAACAUGUGUGGAAGUGUUUCCAUUAGUCAAAAUCGCUCUUAAAACAAACUGCUAGUUUGGGUAUAUUUUGCUACAGCAAACUGUUUUCAAACAGUCAGCAUUGGCGCCUCCAAGGAAAAUUUUGGGAAUGUCAUCGGCAAUUGAGAGAAAGACCCUAGACACAACAGAGGAGCCCGUGGAUGAGGUGCUGCAGGUGCCCCCCUCCCUCCUGACCUGUGGGGGCUGCCAGCAAAGUAUUGGGGAGCGCUUCUUCUUAAAGGCCAUCGAGCAGUACUGGCACGAGGACUGCCUAAGCUGCGACCUGUGUGGCUGCCGGCUGGGUGAGGUGGGGCGGCGGCUCUACUACAAGCUGGGGAGGAAGCUCUGCCGUAGGGACUACCUCAGGUUGUUCGGUCAGGAUGGGCUGUGUGCGUCCUGUGACAAACGGAUCCGAGCGUUCGAGAUGACGAUGCGCGUGCGGGACAAGGUGUACCACCUGGAGUGCUUCAAGUGUGCCGCGUGUCAGAAGCACUUCUGUGUUGGGGACCGGUACAUCCUCAUCAACUCAGACAUCGUGUGUGAACAGGACAUCUUCGAGUGGACCAAAAUCAAUGGCAUGCUCUAGACUGGCUCCAGGCCUCAUAGUGAAUGAACUUCCCGUGUGGCAGCGGACUUCUAUCUCUGGGCGUUUUGCUUCUUGUAAACCACAGUGCAGGAUGGAGGAAUUCCCUUGUGUUUUUGGUGGGGUAUUUACUGAGAAGGGAAAGAAUGGAGGAACCACUGCCAGCCUUUCUGACAAACAAAGAGGGACAUUUUCUUUGUAUUGUGGUUGGAUGUAGAGUGCAUAUUAUUCACUCUAUUACAAUGCAAUAAAAAAAGAAGGGAUUUUCCUGCCAAACCCCCUUAUUAUAAAUUAUUCUAGAGGGAAAGAAGGAAUUCCUUAAGGAUGGAAAUGACUCACGGCAGUUUGAUGCGUUCCACGUUUAGAUAAAGUUUAUAAUCCAAGUUUCGGCUACACUGAUGAAGGCACAAACCAAAUUGUUGUCGGCCUGACUUAUAGGUUUUAUCUUAUAUUUUUAGUUAAGCGUGAUUUGAAGUUAUGAUUUAAUAUUAGCUUAAUAUAAACUGAUUUAUAAAUGACAAAUACAUUUGUUUUAUUUGGGGGGGGGGGAUAUAACAAAGGCCUCUUUAAUUAAACAUAUUGCAUAGUCUAUAUAAUAUAACAGACAGCUAUGCAAUGGGCAUCUUAUUAAUCUGAAAGUAAAACCUGGAAUGGCUCAGACUGCUUUACUCUGUCCCUCUUAUUCUCCAGCAGGCGCGUUCCUCAUUGCAGCUAUUGUUUAAUGGGCUCUGAAUGUUUCACAGCUGAAGGGUGUGUUUAAAGGGUGCUUUCAAGCACUCAUUGUAAUAAUAUAUAUUAUUUUAGAAAAUAAAGGGUGAAUCAAUGUUUUAUCUGUAUUCACAAUGUAAUCUUUUUAAACAAAUGCUAUGUUUUAUUGAUAACCAUUGAUAUGACAAAGGACAGAUGUUACAUUGUGUGAAGACAAUAAUAACUACAUGUUUCUCCCUUUUGUGUUGAUGAUGAUUUUGCUUAUACUGACAUCUGGUGGUACAAAUUUGUAAUACAUGCAAACCAAGCUGGUGUAUUGCAGUGUAGACCUGGGCUGUUUCUGGGGGUACGUAAUCUGCUUUCGGUAUCACACACUGAGGCCCAGAUUUAUAAAAGGAUUCAUUGCGCAUGUUUUAUGACACUAAAACAGGCGCUGAGGGUUCUGAUUCUUGGAUGGGAUUUGUAAAACGCACGCUGUACAACAUAGUGCUGUACAACAAUGGAAGGGUUAUCCACCCGUUUGACUGCUAUGGAUGUAAGUAAAUAAAACUUA